GGGGGCGGGGCGUGCGUGCGUGCGUGCAUGGUUUUGGCGGUCGGGGCGUGACGGAGUCGGUUUGGAAAUGCAGCGGGAUUUGGUGAGCUUUCCGCUGUCCCCGGCCGUGCGCGUGAAGCUGGUGGCCGCGGGCUUCCAGACCGCUGAGGAGCUGCUGGGAGUGAAGCCCUCGGAGCUUAGCAAAGAAGUUGGGAUAUCUAAAGAGGAAGCCUUAGAAACUCUGCAGAUUUUAAGAAGAGAAUGUCUCACAAAUAAACCAAGAUAUGCUGGUACAUCUGAGUCAGGCAAGAAGUGUACAGCGCUGGAACUUCUUGAGCAGGAGCAUACCCAGAGCUUCAUAAUUACCUUCUGUUCAGCAGUAGAUAAUAUUCUUGGGGGUGGAAUACCCUUAAUGAAAACAACGGAAAUUUGUGGUGCACCAGGUGUUGGAAAAACACAGUUAUGCAUGCAGUUGGCAGUGGACGUGCAGAUACCAGAAUGUUUUGGAGGAGUGGCAGGUGAAGCAAUUUUUAUUGAUACAGAGGGAAGUUUUAUGGUUGAAAGAGUGGUAGAACUUGCUACUGCCUGCAUUCAACAUCUUCAUUUAAUAGCAGGAACACAAAUGGAAGAAGAACAUCAAAAAGCUUUGGAAGAUUUCACUCUUGAAAAUAUUCUUUCCCAUAUUUAUUAUUUUCGGUGUUGUGAUUACACGGAGCUAUUGGCACAAAUAUAUCUCCUUCCAGACUUCCUUUCAGAACACUCAAAGGUUCGGUUAGUGAUUGUAGAUGGCAUUGCUUUUCCUUUUCGUCAUGACCUUGACGACCUCUCUCUUCGUACUCGAUUACUAAACGGCCUAUCCCAGCAAAUGAUCAGCCUUGCAAAUAACUACAAAUUAGCUGUAAUUCUAACCAAUCAAAUGACAACAAAGAUAGAUAAAAAUCAGGCCUUGCUGGUCCCUGCAUUAGGAGAAAGUUGGGGACAUGCUGCUACAAUACGGCUAAUCUUUCAUUGGGAUCAAAAUCAAAGGUUGGCGACAUUGUACAAAUCACCAAGUCAGAAGGAAAACACAGUACAGUUUGACAUCACACCUCAGGGAUUUAGAGAUGCUGUUGCUACUACAUGUUCAUUGAAAACAGAAGGUUCAUUGAAUUCACGGAAACGGUCACGAGAACCAGGGGAAGAACAGUAACCCAGAAACUAAUCUCAAAGAAGAAUGUAUUGAUGCUGUGAAACUCAGUUUCUACUAGUAGUAGACUGAUUAUUUUAAAAUAGAAACACAUACUGUGGAAUCAAUGAA